AGAGCAAGGAUCUACAUUAUAUUAUUGUAAUCUUCUGUUCUCUCGCUUUUACUGAUGUAAUAUUUGGUUAGCCUUCAAGUUUGUAUCGUAUAAUGUACAUGUCAUAGCAAUAUUAGAUAUCAACAGCAUGAGAAACUGGAUACAAAUAUUUAUUCAAUUUUGCAAUGUUGAACCCGUGACUUUUAUUUUGUUUUUGUUGAUAGAAAAUAAUUUCGUGGUGUAGUUAUACAACAGUUCACUCGAGAAUGCCGAAGUCGAUGAAGCUUUCCUAUCAUUGACUCUUUGACUAUUUUAAUAUAUGGAUUUAUUUAUCUUUCACGCUGCCUCUGGUAAUAAGGAAACUCUGCUUGGAAAGUUUAUUGCCAGUAAAUUUAUGGAAGUCCCCGGGCUAGCACGGAUCGGUCUUGUGUCGCGACUUUUUUUUCCUAACCUAUGCAGUCGAUGAUGUUGUGGUUUGUUAAUCUGCUAUCAGCUGACUACUCCCAUCCGGGUAUUGUUUAUGGAAUGAAGAUCUUAUUUUCAUUUUCAAACCAGUGAGCGCCCUUGAUGCGGGCUUGAUGUUGAAUAACAAUCAAGGGUGGCUGAAAGUACGGUUUCGACAUCGUUGAUAUGACGUCAUAUUGGAAGAUUCUGUUCAUUAUUAAAUAGACAUGGCUCAAGCAGUUUUUAUCUCAUUUAAUUUUCAGCCCAAAUCUAAUCAAUUUGAGCGUCGUAUUGUCAAGCCUAGAUAGAAAUGAAGUGUUCUUUUUAGAAAUUGCUGAACUUGUCACAUUUCUGAAACUUUUUUUAUAUUAUGUCAUUCACACUUGCCUAACUCAUGACUCAAAUCAAAACCAAAGGUACAACGACGGUACGGUCUCGAGUGGAAUUCGAUUCCUUUCCAACAAAUCUUAAUUAUUGAAAUUUUCCACGAGAAAUUGGGGAUUUAGAGCUAUUAACAUUGGCAAAGGGUUCAUUCUGUAUCUAGUUGGUUCAUUUGGUCGGAAAUAUUGGAUACUGGCCUGCUACGUCACACCUCGUCAGGAAACAUUAUCUAAACAGCCCUGUCUUCCGCUCCAAGUUGAAUUCUCUGGCACUCGUUUUCUAUGUGAACUUUUUCCUUUUUAUUUCUUCAAACGUGGGGGUUACAAGCGCACCCCUCCCCUUGCCUGAAUCAAUUAGGAUGAUGUCUUGAUAAAGUUUUCAACAAAUACUUUUCUUGCUAUGUGGCGUUGGUGUUUGUUAUGAGUAAAGUUUCGAAGUUAACUUCUAUCUGUGCUCGUUCACGCGACAGUUUGUUGUAGUCAUACAGAACCGUGUUGGCUCAUGAUAGAACUGCGCAGAGAUCGUCUACAGCACAUUACACGCAAGUCCUCAGCAUUUUCACAAGUAUACAAUCAGUACUAACAAUUGAGGUUAGCGAGCUAGCUGAGAAAAAAAAAUCCUUCAAUUAAAACCAGGAAGUGUUCAAUGUGGAUUAACUUGUCUCAUGAUCUCCCACUUAACAAUGCUUUUUCCAAACGAAUUCAGGAGUCUGGACCAAUAUUUGUGAUUUGACAUCUUUCGACGUAAAGAAAAAACGGAUUUACUGCAGGAAUAGUUUCUUUCUUUUGUCGUUGUCGAAGUCCUGGUCGAUCAUGCCAAAUUGGUGGUGCGGACCAAAACUUCGCGUCCCGAAAUGGAUCGCACCGACCAUCGAAGGUGCCAGGACGUCGUUUCGGCGUCGCAUGGGCACUAUAAACAACCAAGACGGCACAUUUCGUCGUCGUCUUCGUACGCUCAGCGAAAACGACUUCGGGAAUCGAUUCCGAGACUCGAUUCGACGAGGCCGACGAACGAUGUCGUUGCGGAAUUUGAAUAGGAGUAGGAGUGAUUGGACGCUAAGACGUACGAUGUCCUUCAGAGAUUCCUUGCAUUUUCGUAGACGAGAUUCUGUUCGACGACGAGACACAACGCUAAGAAAAAGACGAACCACAGCCGAUAUAAGAAUUAUUCGACGAUCAUUUGGCCGUACAUCAGCGUCAGAGCCUAAUCUAAGCACGAGUUGCUCUGCCGAAGACGGCAACGAAGAGGGGACUGAACUCGACGAGAUGACGAAACAAGCAGAUAACCUCCGCAGGGAGUAUGAACAGAUGAAAUUUCAGGAGAAAUGGAGAGACGAUAUGCUUCUCAAGCUUCAUCAACAGAACCUGACGCUCAGCGCGGAGGAGAUGCAACUUGCUUCAAAUACCACAUCGUUCAAUGGAGUAAAGAGAAGAGCAGACGCGUUGUUGGACCAGAUCCGAGUCCUGAUCAGGAAGUUCCUGCUCCUAUCCCAAGGUGAUCCAGGUCUUGUGGAGGCUUGUUUUCAGAUUGUACAGGAAGAAGAAAGGAGAGAUGAAGAAGCAGCACAGUGCAAGGAAGAGAAAGGAUUCAUCACACCAGACAGACCUAAGAAAUGGAAAGAUAAGAUUCUGACAGAACUCAGAAAGGUUCCAUUCCUGAGAGUGGAGAAUACACCGAAGCAAGACAGAAUAGUAGAUAGAAACUGGCUAGCCUUACACAUGGAACUCCUUAGUCAACACUUGCGAGAGGAUCUUAAUAUUCUCAAGGGUCUCUUUUCGAUUUGCCAUUCGCUGGACAGUGACGUUGCACAGUUUUUCGUCGACAUCUACUACGAGUACCUUACACAACACAUUCAAGAUAUAGUAUCACCAGGACUUCGACACAACGAGAUCAUUCAACUACUGAGCUGGCUCACAGAACACAAGGCUGAAAUGAAAAGAUUCAACGUGUCGUUUAUUGAAGGUGUCUCCUUAGAACAGGCUGCAGAGAACAUCGUUCCAGAGCAUACAAGGAAGGAGUUGGAGCAAAGUUAUUUAAAGACAGUACAUAGCAAUGUUAAACAUUGGGCCAAGGACGCUUUGCAGAAGGAGAGAGAGGACUGGAAGAGUGAAGACUCACCUCCGAAGCAAGACAAAGAUGGGUACUUGUACACAGAAUUUCCCGUCCACUUGUUUGACUUACUCAGGCAAAACUUGGAUGUUGCCCGUGAGAUAAGUACAGGAACAUACAAAGCUUUAUUAGGCUAUUGUCUUGAUGAAGUCAGGAACAUUGUACAGCACUAUGCAGCGGCCGUGAAGGUCUAUAUUCCGACGAGAUCGGUGUCAACUACGCCCCCAUCAUCACCGCAGCCAUCACCCAAGUCGGCCCAGCUGGUGAAGAAGAUAAGAAAAACGGUGGAGCCGCACCUGUCGACCACAGCAGCAGAGGAGAAACGAAGUCAGCUAAAUAAACCAAAAUUCUACGUGCAAUUCUCGGUAGCAGCAUUGAAUAACUUUGAGACCAUCAUUGAGCAUUCGCAGCUCUUCAAUCAACAGCGCCCCCAGGGGGAGAAGAAGAAUCCCAAACAGACAGAUGAAGACGAGGACGAUUUCACGUACUCACUAAAUAUGAUGAGAAGACUAGCCAAAGAAUGCUUUGACAAAUUCAUGAAUGAUCUCUUUGCCGAGAUAAAGCCUCUCCUGAAAUUGGUUGGCACAAAACAAUGGUUUGUUCAGAAUGGCACAUCAUGUAUUGGUGAGGUGUGUGACAUCAUUACGGCAUACACGUUUCAUCUUCGGAGACAGUUCACCGGCGAAUGGAGGGAGAAGAUUGAACAGUACAUGCUACAGGAAUACACAAAGAGCUUCAGUCGAAGGACGGUCUGCAUCACAUGUAAGAAUUCCAAAGAGAGGCAGAAUGUUGCUGAGCAGAUCCUGUGGGAGUGUGAUCAGAUUGAGAAUACACUAGCUUCACUCCAGAAAGAAGCAGAGGUUCACAUAUCCAUUUUCAACAUGUUGAGACAGAUGGCAGAAGUUAUUCACCUGAGUGACAAGCAAACAAUCGUAUUGGAAGUAACGAGUCUUGUAAUGAAGCACCCAGAGCUGACGAGGAGACAGCUCAAAGCCAUCCUUAGACUCAGAGGUGAUCUCAAGAAAGCCAAGAUUAAGAAGUUCAUUUAUCUUUCUACCGAAACAGAUCAUAACGAACACGAUGGCGAUUGAUGACAACGAUAGCAUCGGCUACUGCUCCGGAGAGUCGGCCGUCUCUUGUGCUACCACCGUAGGCGUAGGGUCCCCAUGAUUUAGUCAAGGCUGUGGAUAAGCUGAAGGUUUAAAGUUGUCACACUUGAGGUCUGAAAGAUAAGCUUACAGAAGUUCACAUAUGAAGAGUAUGUACUGAACUUGUUGAACAUCUGUAACAAAGAGGGGAAUAGAGCUUGUUUCGAUAUCAUCUUUGCAAGAUAGAAUUGCUCUCUUGUAAUUAUUGGGUUAUAUACUGAAUAUUUAACAGCAGUGUCAUUUUCGGAGUAAUAAUUCCUAUUUCCUGAUAUUUCCAUAUUAAAUAGAUGGAAAUGCAAUGAAAUUGCACAACUCCUGACUUGUAAGUCAGUUCUUAAAAUGUUUUAUCAUUGGCCUGUAUUUAGAUAAGACACUUGUGCUUGUACAUUUGCUGAAGAAGUGUUGUUAGGAGACUGGUGCUCUGUUAUAUGUAUUUGCUUGGACAGGCCUGGAUCAAAGUCCUGAAGCACUAACAGCUUUUCAAAUCAAUUCUCUUUGUACAGACUUGUUAAUCAUGCUUGUGGCCAAUUCUGUCAAUGUUCCUUAUUUUUAAACAGGAACCAUCUUGUAUAAGGGUUGUGACCAAUCACUCCGAUUAUUCAAAAAUCCUUGAAGUCUCAUGGAUGGAGUUAAUCUAGAAACAAAAUAAAUGAUAAGUAUAUUGAAGGAUUAAUACCCAAACCCCUUUCGUCAGCAGAUAUCGAGUGAUAUCUUUUGGAAAGUGGGCAAGGAAUUUUGUACCGUGAAAACCACUCCCCUCUGAA